AUGAGUAAAUCUCUUGGUAUCUGCUUCAAAGUGGAAGGCAGAGACGACACGUACAUGUUUCCAGCUCUGUUACCUCCUAAGGAUCUGUCUGUCAUGUGGAAGAGAGACGAGAGUAAGAAAGUGUAUGUCGGUCGACGUCAAGUGUGCAGCAGUCAGACGACCAUCUUCAGUCCGUCUGCAUUUGGCAUGUUUCAAUCUAAAGUUUGCACUACAUUAGAUGAGAAAGCACAACUGUGGAGGAAUGGACUGAUCCUAUCACAAGGUGAUACAGUUUCUAAUCGUGUUGCAUGUUUGGUUGCCAUGGUAGAUCCUGUUCGUUCUGUCGACUUUGUAUGUCAUGGAGGUAAGGCAACAGAAGCAGAAUGUGUUUCCCUGCUCGACACUGUCAUGUCUCUUUGGAGAGAUAUGUUAGACAGAUACAGUCAAGGCACUGAAUAUGAGACUGAAUAUCUGAGCAGAAAGCAUUUAGAGGAACACAAAGAACUGAAACAAGUUGCUGUUUACUCAGAGGAGGAAAUCAAGGAAGCAAAGGCAAAGAACAAAGGGCCACCUACAGUAGUAACACGAGUAGUCGGUGAUGAGCUAGUGGAAGAUAGUCUUGCUGACCUGCUGGUUAUUCUCCCUUCCAAACAAGCAACUCCACUUUCUCCCAGUCCAGUCAUGAAGGCUGUUAUUGAGUAUGGUGUAGAUCAAUGGCACUCAUUUGGAGAAAGAUUAGGUUUUAAUUUCUCUCAGAUUAGUGCCAUGUCUCAUGACAAAGUGUCUCCUGCUGAUAAAUUAUCAGCAAUUAUUCAAGUGAAGACUGAGGAAGUUGGUGAUAUGAAGAAGAUGGAUGAUCUGCUACUGAAGGCAUGUACACUGUUGCCGGAUCCCAUUCAUGCAGCAGUCAAGAGAAACUUGUCAUCUUCCUAAUAUGAUUGUAGCUCAUAAGUGUGACCGUUAUAUAAACAUUAUAGUCCCAUAAAUUGGCAUAAUGUCUGUGUUGGUGUGGAAAGUGUGAAGUGUGUGUAUCUGCUAGCAAUCAUAGUGACACUUGGUGUAAAAAGAAUUUCAUGUCAUCAUCAGACAUCAUGCUAAUACAUGUAUUUUUGUAUUUACAGUAUUUAUAUCUAUCUAUAUUACUAAAAUUGGCGGUGUUUGUAUGUAUAA